UCUGCGCUCGGUCCCGGCGGGACGAGGCCGGGCCGCGCCGCGCCAUGGCCUCUGUAAAGGUGGCCGUGCGGGUGCGGCCCAUGAACCGGCGGGAGAAAGAUCUCAAUGCUAAGUUUAUUAUUUCAAUGGAGAAAAAUAAAACGACAAUCACAAACUUGAAGAUACCAGAGGGCGGUACUGGCGAUACAGGAAGAGAAAGAACUAAGACCUUUACCUAUGAUUUUUCCUAUUUCUCUGCAGACAGUAAAAGUCCCAGCUUUGUUUGUCAAGAAACGGUUUUCAAAAAUCUUGGUACAGAUGUGCUUAAAUCUGCUUUUGAAGGUUAUAAUGCCUGUGUUUUUGCAUAUGGACAGACUGGAUCUGGGAAGUCCUACACCAUGAUGGGAAAUGCGGGUGAUGCUGGCUUAAUACCUCGGAUUUGUGAAGGGUUGUUCAGCAAAAUAAGUGAAAAAACAAAACGGAAUGAGGCGUCCUUUCGAACAGAAGUCAGCUAUUUGGAAAUUUAUAAUGAACGUGUGAGAGAUCUGCUCAGGAGGAAGUCAUCAAAAACGAAUAAUUUACGAAUCCGAGAACAUCCCAAAGAAGGACCGUAUGUUGAAGAUUUGUCGAAACAUUUAGUGCAAAAUUAUGGUGAUGUAGAAGAACUCAUGGAUGCAGGAAAUAUAAACAGAACUACGGCUGCGACUGGAAUGAAUGAUGUCAGCAGCAGGUCUCAUGCCAUUUUCACAAUCAAUUUCACUCAGGCUAAAUUUGAUUCUGAAAUGCCUUGUGAGACUGUUAGCAAGAUUCACUUGGUAGAUCUUGCUGGAAGUGAGAGAGCAGAUGCCACUGGUGCCACAGGGGUUAGAUUAAAGGAAGGUGGGAAUAUUAACAAAUCUCUCGUUACUCUGGGAAAUGUCAUUUCUGCCUUAGCUGAUUUAUCUCAGGAUGCAACAAAUCCUCUUUCAAAGAAGAAACAAGUAUUUGUGCCUUACAGAGACUCUGUGUUGACUUGGCUGUUAAAAGACAGCCUAGGAGGAAACUCUAAAACUAUAAUGAUUGCCACUAUUUCACCUGCUGAUGUCAAUUAUGGAGAAACUUUAAGUACACUUCGCUAUGCAAAUAGAGCCAAAAACAUCAUCAACAAGCCUACUAUUAAUGAAGAUCCUAACGUCAAACUGAUCCGUGAGCUGAGAGCUGAAAUAGCCCGAUUAAAAGCCCUGCUUGCUCAAGGGAAUCAGAUUGCUCUCCUGGAUUCUCCAACAGCUUUAAGUAUGGAAGAAAAGCUUCAGCAGAACGAAGCAAGGGUACAAGAACUGACCAAAGAAUGGACAAACAAGUGGAAUGAAACCCAAAAUAUUCUGAAAGAACAAACCUUGGCUCUGAGGAAAGAAGGGAUAGGUGUUGUGUUAGAUUCUGAACUGCCUCAUUUAAUUGGCAUUGAUGAUGAUCUGCUUAGUACUGGCAUCAUCUUGUAUCACUUGAAGGAGGGCCAAACAUAUGUUGGCAGAGAAGACGCUGUGACGGAACAGGAUAUUGUUCUUCAUGGUCUGGAUUUGGAAAGUGAGCAUUGCAUCUUUGAAAAUCUUAAUGGUACUGUGAAUCUAAUACCACUGAAUGGAGCACAGUGUUCUGUGAAUGGAAUUCAGAUCACUGAGGCCACACACCUAAACCAAGGUGCUGUGAUAUUACUUGGAAGAACCAAUAUGUUUCGCUUUAACCAUCCCAAAGAAGCUGCUAAACUAAGGGAAAAAAGAAAGAGUGGACUGCUGUCUUCCUUCAGUUUGUCUAUGACAGAUCUUUCAAAAUCUUGUGAGAACCUAUCAGCUGUUAUGCUCUAUAAUCCAGGUCUUUUCCCUGUGAAAGGACCGAUCUGUUUAAGACUGGAAUUUGAAAGACAACAACGAGAGGAACUUGAAAAAUUAGAAAGCAAAAGGAAACAGAUAGAAGAGAUGGAGGAAAAACAGAGAUCUGACAAAGCAGAGCUUGUAAGAAUGCAACAAGAAGUGGAGUCACAGCGCAAGGAAACAGAAAUAGUACAGCUGCAAAUUCGAAAACAGGAGGAGAGUCUGAAGCGCAGAAGUGUUCACAUUGAGAGCAGGUUGAAGGAUUUGCUGGCUGAAAAAGAGAAAUUCGAAGAAGAGAGAUUGAGGGAACAACAGGAGAUAGAACUUCAAAAGAAGAAGCAGCAGGAGGAAAUUUUUGCCCGUGUCAAAGAGGAAUUGCAGCGCCUACAGGAACUUAAUCAUAAAGAAAAAGCAGAGAAAAUGCAGAUUUUCCGAGAACUGGAAAAGCUUAAAAAAGAGAAGGAUGAACAGUAUAUCAAGCUGGAAUCAGAAAAAAAGAGAAUUGAAGAACAAGAAAGGGAGCAGAUGAUGCUUGUGGCUCAUCUAGAGGAGCAGCUUAGAGAGAAACAGGUCAUGAUACAGCUCCUCAAGCGAGGCGAUGUACAAAGAGUCGAAGAAGAGAAGAGAGAUCUUGAAGAUAUCAGGGAAUCUCUUUUGAAAGUCAAAGAAGCCCGAUCUGAAGGUGAGGAAAACUGUGAAGAGUUAGAAAAAGCCCAGCAUAGCUUUAUAGAGUUUAAAAAGAAACAGCUAGAACAGUUGACUAUACUGGAAAAAGAUUUGGUUCAACAACUGAAUCACCUAGAGGAGGAAAUAGCACGUGAAAGAGAAACUCUGGAGCAUUUAAAACUUGUUGAGGAAGAACAUGUAAAUCUCAAGAAGGACGAUGAAAACUUUGGGGAUGCUGUGCUCAAGGCUGAAGAAUUUGACAUGAUAAAGCCAGCGGAAUACAGGCUUCAAUCUAAAGUACGCCAGUUUGAGUACCUGAAGAGUAAUCAUUUGCCAGCUCUGCUGGAAGAAAAGCAAAGAGCCUCUGAAGUCCUUGAUAGAGGCUUGUUAGGAUUAGAUAAUACUCUGUAUCAAAUAGAGAAAGAAAUAGAAGAUAAAGAAGAGCAGCUUGCACAAUACAGAGCUAGCACAAAUCAGUUGCAGCAGCUUCAGGAAACAUUUGAAUUCACAGCCAAUGUAGCUCGGCAGGAAGAAAAAGUUCGGAAGAAGGAAAAAGAAAUCCUUGAAUCAAGGGAAAAACAGCAGAGAGAGGCAUUGGAACAAGCUGUAGCUAAGUUAGAAAGAAGGCACUCUGCUUUGCAACGUCGUUCUACAAUAGACUUUGAAAUUGAAGAGCAGAAGCAGAAGCUCGCCACAUUGAACAACAGCUGCAGUGAGCAGGCUGGCCUGCAGGCGAGUCUGGAAGCUGAGCAAAAAGCCCUUGAACAAGACCGGGAGCGCCUGGACCAGGAAAUUCAGCAACUGAAGCAAAAAAUAUACGAGGGUGAUGCUGGUCAGAAAGGAAAUCAUGGAACAUCAGAAGAGAGAGUGUCCCAUAGCAACUCCCCAACAAGCCCAACAAAGCCACAGCCACCCCUUUCUCCACUGGUUGAUGACAGGAUAAAUGCCUUUAUUGAACAAGAAGUGCAGAGAAGGCUCCAAAAGAUCCAUCAUAAAUCUGAGGAUAAUGAUGGUAGCCUGUUCUGGUCUACAGAAAGUUUAAAGGAUAAUGAGAGGCUUAAUAAUGGCACCAUUCAGCGCAAGUUGAAGUAUGAGAAAAGUCAACAGUGGCAGCCCCAUUGUGACUUUCCAUUUAUUUCUAAAGAUGACAAAUGUGCUUCUGAGCUGUGUGGAGAAAACACAGGAGUAACAGAUCAUAAAAGACUGAAGGAGUAUACAGAGAUGUGGGACUUAUUUUCCAGGCCUGGAAGAAUCUCCUCCGCCUUUACAUCAGAAAAGGCAUUUGAGAAUGGAAGGAGAAAUGCAGAACAGGAGAGCUUUGCUAGUCUUUAUGACACUGAAAGUAGUUUAACUCACUCUGAAAAUAUUAGUACUUCAAAGAGUAAGAAUGUUCCUUAUCAGAAUGUUUUAUCUACUCCUUUACAAAGUCAUGACUUAAAUAAUGUGGCUUACUCACUCUGCAAAUUUGAAAAUUUCAAUCAUUUUGACGAUAAAAUAAUUACUUCUCAGGAUUGUGACAGCUCAAGAACCGAAUGUGAUUGUUCCCACUUGGAACAGCUGUCUCCUUUAGGAUCCUUAAUGUGUGCUAAUGAGCAGGCUGGUUUUAACAGCAUAUCGUGCCUUGCCUUUCCUCAGUCUAACAUACAUUCUGAAAUAACUGUUAAAGAAAGCAGAUCAUUUAAGACCAUGCAGCAGACAAUAGAAGACCAGUCGAGUAGUUCUCAGCUUCCAAUUGGAAAAGCUUCUGAUUUAACCUCCUGUACAUCAAUAGCUUCUCAUUUUGAUGUCAGACCAGAACAUGCCUAUGGUCUGGGAUAUCUUUUCAGUAAGCUUUCCUGCUUUUACAGAGAUACUAGUAGUCAAUUGCUCAACAGUACAGUGGUUUCUAAACAAAUUAAGAAGUUGGCAAGUUUGUGUGACAAAAGUGAGAGAUGUGCACAGGUGGUGUCGUUAAUAAAGCAUUUGCCACUUAUAAGGAACUUGGAAGUAGAUGUGUUCUUCAAGUCCUGCAUGAAUCAAGAUGUAUCCCACUGUACUGAUGACACCAAAGCUGAUACUGAAAAUGUUGUUUUGCCUGACACCUCUGUGAAAGAAGAUGUCACGAUGUGUGGAAACACAGGAAUGUCAGAUGCCUGUGUGAGAAAGCCAGCUGAAGGAUUUGUGUGCUGCUGUAAGAAUGAAGAGUUGGAAAAUAGUCUUGUGUUAAGACAGACUUUUCUGCAUUUUCCUGAUGUCUUUAUCAAGCUUCAGGUCUGUUCUCUUGAAAAAACGCUGGACUUUUUAACCUGUGCCCUACCUCAAAUUUGUGUUAGUAUGGAGGAGUUGAAAGGCAUAUAUUGGUUUGCUGUUGGCAAUUGCAAAAAAUGCGAUCCAGAACCUGCUUGCUUGCUUCUGUUCAGCUCUGUUUUAUAUGUUAUUGUUUCGUCAGCCAAACAAGAGAUUGGUCAGAGUUCCUUGGCAGUAUUUCAUGAGGUUCCAAUCAUCACAAUACAGGAGAUUCAUGUUGGCUUUGCUGGACAGAGUGUGAGUCUCCUGUGUUCUGCUGAAGAUGAUGUACUCACAAUAUUUACCUAUAACAGACACUACACUCAAAGAAUUUGCCAUGACAUAAUGAGCAUUUUGAUUUCUGCAACGGAGGAUGCUGCUUAUUUAAAUUACCAGCUCUUGAAAGAUGAUUUGAUGCGGAUUUCGCUCGACUGGACGUCAGAAGUAGAUGACAUAGUCCUUUCACAAGGAGUGCGCUUGUCAUGUAAAUUCAGAACUGUAUUAGCUGAUCUGGUUUACUUACUCCACGAAAAUAUGGGAGAUAUUAAACCUUCAUUAGCUGACAUUCAAGUGCUGCUGUAUACCACCGUGAAAACAAACUGCGCUAACCAGACUGUGUAUAGAUCUCUGGUUCUGACUACUACUCAUAUCGGUCUCUUAAGGGAAAACAGUGCCUUUUAUCCUGCACCUAGCUUUUUGGAUGCUUCAUGCAAGCGAUCACAAUUUGACAGCCUUCAGUUGUACAGUUUGAAUGAUAUCCGAUGUGUAGUUUUGCCAGACAAAGAGAAUUUCACAAAAAUUGAGCUUGUGUUUUCUAGAAGGAGCAAGGUUGGAUCUGAUUCAGGAAUUGGUUUUUCAAAAUACUGUGGAAAAGAAAUAAAUACUCAAAUGACAGUCAUCCCAUCAAUUCCUCAAAGCAGUUUGCAUAUCCCAUCGGAAAUCUGGAAAUUAACAUUCAGUUCAAGUGAAGAAGCCAUUUGGCUAAUUAUGCAUCUGACUAGGUGUUGAAAUCGAAAUACAUUUAGAUACAUUCAAAAUAGGAAGGCUAAUGAAUAUUGAUAAAAUACUCUGUUGUCUAUUGAUUUUGUUUUAAAAGAAAAGAGAAAAAAAGAGUCCUUUGGGCUCUUAAGAGAAUACCUUAGGAUGGGUGAACACACCUUAGCAAAAAUCACUAUUACUUGAUAGCUUACUUUUGUGCUGUACAUAAAUUUCCUUGGAAGAGGAGGAAAUUAAAUGGUUCUAUUUUAAGUAGUAGAUGGAUCAAAACUAUAAUUGCAGCUGUAUCUUCCGAUUUCCUUUUUGAGCGUUGUUUUUGGCUUCCUCCAUCUCCUAUCCAUCUUAAUGUAUUUUCUCCACAUCUCCUUGAUUGUCCUUUUUCUUAAUCUGCCUGAGUAUCUUUGUUUUUGAUGCUUCUCAUCUAUUUUGUGCUGCUGAUGUCAGUGCUUCCAAAUAUUUGCAGUAUUCUUUGUCUGAACUGCAAAGUGUGUUUAAGCCUACAGUUCACUGUAUGCUGUUAAUACUAAGCGUGUUGAUGGUUUUUAUUGCUACAAUUUUGGAGAGAAUAACAUUGGCAAAUCUGGGUUGCCUUGGAGUUUUGCAUGAAGGUUUAACACCCUCUUGGAUGAAAGUUUCUCACAAGUGCAAAAGGAGUUAUGUUUGACUUAUUUUAAGUCAUGCUGGCUGAGGUACCAGGGAUUGAUGGAUUUACUCCAUCUCUUUUUUUCUGGGUCUUCCCCCUUUGCUGAGGCCCAAGAGAGCAUGGGCUACAUGGAAGCAGUGAAACAGAACAACAGAAAUGCAGAGAGCAUCCAACUGUCUUUUUCAAUUUCAUUCCCCCUACCCUACCACCCCACUUUCUUCUUGCAGGGAAACAGCAUAAGGCUUUUUUGAGUCAUUCCUAUCUAUUUUGUCCAAACAGUCAGCUUGAACUCCCACACAAGUCUUUGUAUUCCCAGUGGUACAAGUUCUUACGGAAAAUGUGAUGUGAAAAUGAAGGAGAUUACAGGGUGUGAAAAGAUGUUAUGCUUCAGCAAUUUGACCUUUGGUAAUGCUACUACAACUGUGUUAAGACAGAAGCUUUAAGGUUUAUGAUUUGUGUACGUGUUUUUCAUACUGUUAAAUGGAUAGUUAGCAGCUGGGGAUACUGCCUGAAGGGUGAAGCAAAUUUAACCCUAGAACUGUCUUGUGUAAUGUGUCAGAUGCAUGGCCUGAAUUUCCUCAUUUUCUGCUUGUUAACUAAUGGGGUUGAUUAUGCUGUGGGAUUACAUUGCUUUCAGGCUCUUCAGUACCACGUUCCAAAAAAUAACGGAGCUAUUGAGAAUAGGCAGAGCAUUUCCAUUUCCAUUCUGCAAUAGUCAAGUCUUGCCUUGAGCUUAGUAAAAGGAUUCUCUUUACCUGUAUUCCUGUCCAAUCUUCAAAAAUUAAAACUAAGCCAUCUUUUGUUUCUUCCCCUGCAACGGGAACAGAGUGUGAAUGUGCCAUCUGCCUUGUUUGUGGAAGAUGGUCCUUGGCAGGAAAAAUGGUGGUAUCUAAUCUGAAAUUCUAAAUUGUGUAAGCAUAUUGCCAGGAGAGGUGCAAUCUUCUACCAGACAGUUAGACUUCAGUCUCUCUACUGCUAUACAAAUGUUUCCCAUUGGUUCUUACCUUACGUUAAGACACGGUAAUGUAAUUCACUUGAGAUUUAAAAAGGUGCAACUUACUUUGGGUGAGGAAGCUGUGACUGGAAGGAUGAAGGGUAACUUGGAUAGUAAGUUGUGAUUCUCCUAUCAUAACACAACUCUAUACUGCCCUAAGAAAUUCCAAAGACAAGAGCAAAGCGCGUUGGUUUAAUUUGAAGGAUAGUUUUUGUUUUUAACCAAAAAAGUGUAUACAAGUAUUUCACAGAGCACGGAGCAUAGAAUGGUUGUGUUGGAGUAUGACAUUGUAUCAGCCUGGUUGGAGAGCAACUCCCUUAUUCACAUCAUUAAGUUAUUUCUUUAGUCUUGCUGAAAGUUAAUGUGAAGUGGUGCUUUCUGUGAGGACUGUCUUAAGUCAAGGCUGUUUAAUGACAGCAAUUACUGAAACAAAUCUCUUUUUAGAUUACACACUGCAGUUUAAAGAUGUUUGCACAUGUUGUGUUCCAGAUAACGUGGUUUUCUUCUUUGUUUUCAAAUCUAACUUGCUGAAUAUAAUUCACAUUUAUGAAAAAAAAAAAAAAAAAGAUUUCACUAUGGAAUCUUUUGUUCCACUGUAAAUUAAGCAUAAUGAUGGAUGUUCGUCACUAUCAAAGAGUUAUUUAAUGUAUUAGGGCAAGUUCUUCACAGUACAUUGUGUUUGAGAUUAUUCUUCUGGCUAUUAGCUGUUUGUAAUAAUUUCCCAAAAAUGACUGCCAAUAAAUUACGUCUUGACAGAGGUGGCUUUAA